GAGCGGGCGGCGGGAGCGCACGGCGCCGGCCGCGGGGUGGGUUACCGGGGGCCGCAGACAGUUUCUGUUACUAUGGCCAUGACGUCAGGGACUACAACAACUUUUCCUAUGAGCGACCAUACCCGAGAAAGAGUGACUGUAGCCACGCUCACGUUGGAGAAUGUUUACAGCAACCUAAUUUUACAGCAUGAAGAGAGAGAAACCAGGCAGAAGAAAUUAGGAGUGGCUAUGGAAGAAGAAGGAUUAGCAGAUGAAGAGCAAAAGUUACGCCGAUCACAACAUGCUCGCAAAGAAACAGAGUUCUUACGGCUCAAGAGGACCAGGCUUGGCUUGGAAGAUUUUGAAUCUCUGAAAGUUAUAGGACGAGGAGCUUUUGGAGAGGUAUGGCUGGUCCAGAAGAAAGACACAGGCCAUAUCUAUGCAAUGAAGAUACUGAGAAAAGCUGAUAUGCUUGAAAAAGAGAAGGAAGAAUCUGUGGCACAUAUUCGAGCAGAAAGAGAUAUUUUGGUAGAAGCAGAUGGUGCCUGGGUGGUGAAGAUGUUUUACAGUUUUCAGGAUAAGAGGAACCUUUAUCUAAUCAUGGAAUUUCUCCCUGGAGGUGACAUGAUGACCUUGUUAAUGAAGAAGGAUACCUUGACGGAAGAGAAAACACAGUUCUACAUUUCAGAGAUGGUUCUGGCCGUAGAUGCAAUCCACCAGUUGGGUUUCAUCCAUCGGGAUAUUAAGCCAGACAACCUUUUAUUGGAUGUCAAGGGACAUGUAAAAUUAUCUGAUUUUGGUUUCUGCAUGGGAUUAAAGAAAGCUCACAGAACUGAAUUCUACAGAAAUCUCACUCACAACCCACCAAGUGACUUCUCAUUCCAGAACAUGAACUCAAAGAGGAAAGCAGAAAACUGGAAGAAAAAUCGGAGGCAGCUGGCAUAUUCCACAGUUGGGACCCCAGAUUACAUUGCUCCAGAAGUCUUCAUGCAGAUGGGUUACAAUAAGCUGUGUGACUGGUGGUCCCUGGGAGUGAUUAUGUAUGAAAUGCUAAUAGGCUAUCCACCUUUCUGCUCUGAAACUCCUCAGGAUACAUACAGAAAAGUGAUGAACUGGAAAGAAACUCUAGUAUUUCCUCCAGAAGUACCUUUCUCUGAGCAAGCCAAGGACUUAAUUCUCAGAUUUUGUAUUGAUUCUGAAAACAGAAUUGGGAAUGGUGGAGUGAAAGAAAUAAAAGGCCACCCCUUCUUUGAAUAUGUAGACUGGGGGCACAUAAGGGAAAGGCCAGCAGCAAUCCCUAUAGAAAUCAAAGGCAUUGAUGAUACUUCAAAUUUUGAUGACUUCCCUGAGUCUGAUAUCUUACAACCAUUGCCAAACACCACAGAACCAGAUUACAAAUCCAAAGACUGGGUUUUUCUCAAUUACACCUAUAAGAGGUUUGAAGGGUUGACUCAGCAUGGCUCUAUCCCCACCUACAUGAAAGCAGGGAAAUUGAGAGGAGAUCCACUGUGUCCACAGCACGAGCACUCAGGGAGCUGCACGCAAGUCCUGCUCGGCACCGAUCUCCAGACCCUGAAGUCUCCCAAGGAUGGUGGUGCUCACUGACAACAGGAAAUUCGGCAGGACUAGGCU